UGUACCUGUCGUAAACAAACACGUAAACGCAAUAAUUUCAGUUUUCCGCUUAAAUUCGUUGAAAUUGUCGAUUUUGAGGCUUCAAAAUGGGUAAAAAAGCAGAAGUAGGUACGCCUAAGUACCUCGCCAACAAGAUGAAGGCCAAAGGCCUUCAGAAGUUGCGCUGGUACUGUCAGAUGUGUCAAAAACAAUGUCGGGACGAGAAUGGCUUCAAAUGUCACACAACGUCCGAAUCCCAUCAGAGGAAUCUCCUCAUGUUCGCCGACAACCCUGGCAAAUUCAUGGGAGAGUUCUCCAAAGAGUUCUAUGAUGGCUUUAUGGACAUCCUGAGGAGACAGUACGGAACUAAGCGAGUGUUGGCAAACAAGGUUUACCAGGACUAUAUUGGGAAUAAACAGCACGUCCACAUGAACGCAACCAGGUGGUGCACGCUGACUGGCUUUGUGAGAUUUCUUGGCAAGGCUGGUCAUUGUGUGGUUGACGAAACGGAGAAGGGCUGGUUCAUCACUUGGAUCGACAGAAAUCCUGAGACUUUGGCAAGGCAAGAGAGGAAAGAAAAGAAGAAGAGGAUGGACAAAGACGAUGAGGAGAAACUGAUGGACUUUGUUGAGAAGCAGGUGGAGAAGGGUAAAGCUUCAAAAGGAGAUGAGGAAGAAGCGCCUCCCGAGCCCAGAGAGUUUGUCCGAACAGACGAAGAAGAAAAAAUUUCCCUUCAACUAAAACUGGCACCAAAACCUUCAAUCAGCGCAGUUCCCCUUCCCCAACUCAUUAAAGCAGAGUUGAAAGACGACGACACAAAAUCGGUCCGGUCCAUGAAAAGCUACAAGUCGGACGAUGGCAAAAGGAAGUUGUCUGGCCUGGAGGAGGCAAUGUUGGAAGAUAUGGCCAUGAAGAAGAGGAAGGUCCAAAAGGAGUACAGAGUCAAAGAGGAGAACCGCUUGAAAGAGGAAAGGCUGAGUUCUGAUGACGAGGAGGAGGAAGAAUCGUGGCUAAUCGAGGGCAUCAUUGUGAAAAUAGUUACAAAAGCUUUAGGAGAGAAAUACCACAAUCAGAAGGCUGUCAUCACUAAAGUGAAGGACGGCCAAGCUUAUGUCGAAGUUCUUUCGACAGGACACAAAUUGAAACUGGGUGAAGAUCAUUUGCAGACAGUUAUUCCGCAACCUGGCAAGCACGUUUUAAUUCUCAAAGGCGAGUACAGGGGUAAGAAAGCUAUCUUAGAAGAAGUUCUUGUUGACCGAUUUAAGGCUUAUCUUUUGUUUAAGUCCAAGGAUAAAUACAUCACCAAAGAAGUACCUUAUGAGCACUUCAGCAAACUGGAGAAAUCUUAACUUUGGCCCUUGUACGUUAAUUUUAUUUUCUUUAAAUUACAAUAAACUAAUUAUUAUAAUUGUGAUAAGCAGUAAAUAUCUUAUUGUUAAUCUU